GUUUGUUGGUCAAUUAAGUUGAAAAGUGGAAAGUGGAAAGUUCCCACAAUGUGCAGUAACAGUUGGGAGUUUGCAGUGACUGCACACAGAGGCCUCUCUGAAUGCUUCAUAAUGUGCUCUGAUGAAACAAAUCAAGAUUUCUGCAUCUGAGUCUGCUCUCCGUGUGACAUCUAGCGAGCUUUUACCAGCUGACCCAACCACAAAGAGAAAGCAUUGGAGGUAUGCCAGAGUGUGGAUAUCCAUCUGUGUACGUGGUGGACACCCAUGCCACCGGACCUCCAGUGCCGCCCAGGCUAAGCCAGAAACGACGGCAGGCUGGGGCACAGACCCUGUUGUUCAUGCUAGUGAGCCUGGCAUUGGCUGGCAUAGUCAUCGAAGCUUGCUUAAUCUUCCGCUUCCACAGACACGAAUCUGCUCCCUCAGGAUCAUCCUCUAUGGUCAUUUCCGAUGGCACAAUCACAAAGACUCAUGAUGUUAGUCCUUCCAAACCAGUUGCACAUCUGACAGAUGGACAGGAUGUAGUUCAUAAAGGUCAGAUCAUGGCAUGGAGCAUGAAUGCAGACCCUAUCCUGUUUCAGAUGGACUACAAAGACAGAAGUCUCAUCAUUCAGAAGGAGGGUUUUUACCAUGUCUAUUCCAAGGUUUCCUUUUUCAACUUCAAACCAUUUCACCAUGCUAUUCAUGUGAAAACUAAGCGCUACAAAGGCAAAAGCAUCCCCAUCCUGGUGUCAAGGGCAAAUUCAGAGCUCCACGACAAGAGAGAGGGUCAGGAUUCAGAUCAGAGAUCAAACAGUUACCUUGGUGGAGUGUUCCACUUUUACCAAGAUGAUGCCAUUUUUGUGAAAGUGAGCAAUUCCUCCCAAAUUGUGAGAUUCAGAUACUAUGAGAACAUAUUUGGUGCAUUUAUGCUCUAAACAUCACACUGAUAUUUCAUUUCAAAUCAUGUGAGAACACACAGGUGGAUGAAGCAUCUCACAGAUUAAUGAUGUCUCUGUAAUAAAUAGAUCAGUGACAGGAAGGUGAAGCAGAUGUGAAACAUGUUUAUAGUUUGAGUUUAUGAAGGACUGGUUUGUGGCUUUUCUUUAACUGUCUGUUGGGGUAUUUUUAAUCAGGUUUGAUGGAGUGACAGAAUUUCACUUUGCACUCUCACAUCAGGGAUUCUUAUUUACUUUCUUGUAUACUUGUUGAAUUUCACUCCUUUGAAUAUUACAAAAAAUUGCUUUUAUUACGCUGUUCUACCUUUCUUAUCCUUAUAUUGUAGAGCAUAAAUGUAGAUAUAAGAAUUAAAACCAAUCUGUGAGUGUAUACUUUCCUUUUUAUUAUUAAUAUAAUACAUAAUCUUUAUAUUUAUUUAUCCUUUAGUGGUAGAAUAUGUGAUAUAGCUGCUUAUUUAUGUAUAUAAUGUAUUAAAGCAAUUAAAUAAACUGAUAUAGAUUUUAAA